UUUAUUUUUUUCAAGGUGCAAGACCUGAAAUUGCUAACAGCUUGUGAUCUCUUAAAUUGUCAAAAACUACCCGGAUCCAAAAACCCGAUUUUUUACCCGCUCUUUGGCUGCCGCCGACGAACUGAUCAACCCUCAUCCGCCGCCGCUUUUUCCGUUCCGUCGACGUCCCUUGUCUCUUUCCGUCUACAGGGGGCUAAACAUAAUUUACAAGCGUAUGGUGGAAUGUUUGUACGGGCGGCUUUCCGUGCUUGCCCCUCUUUGGCUAUGACACGAUGUUGCACAGUACAGAGUUAUGUAGCCACGUAUUAUUCAUGCACUUCCAUAUGUGGAUACGAUGGACAUACAAAAGGAUCACUGUUACAUUUUGUCAAGGACAGAAGAGCUUGUAAGAUGACUGCUCUGCAGCCAAAUUUUUUUUUGUGUGACUGCAGUUUAAAUAGUUUCAAGGAAUUUGAUGAAUCAAAGAGUUGCAUUCGCUCUUCGUCAAUACUUGGGUUUGCAUGUCAUCUCUUGCCUUCUACUUCAAGUUAUAGGAUUUCAAGUAAGGCUGCUAAACUUGAUUUUUUGGAAUUUGAUAAGAGGAUGUUCUCUUCAGAUAAAUUUCCAGAAUCAGACCUUAGUGGUAAUAGCACUAAUGUGUCUGUGUUUGUAAAAGAUGGAAAAGGAGGUAAAAAACUACUGAAACCUACUGUCUCUAACCAUCAUCAAAAACGAGUAAAGGCAUUUGCUACUCGAGGGAGUAUUGAAGGUAAUUCAAAAUUUUCAUUUCCUAGUCAGUUUGUUAGGAAGAACAUCCGUGAUCCUCGACUAUCAGUUUGUAAAAAUGCCAAUAUUAUAAAUUCUAUUCAAAUUAUUUCAAGAGAUGGGCAAAAUGAAGCAAACUUUGCACAGUAUCACUCUGCACCAAGUUCUGCUGAUGGAAAACAGGAGUCAAAGGCUGAAGUAAAACAGAAGCCAAGAUCAAGAACCAUGAAGAACAGCGAAGAGUUUUCAGGUACAUUGUCUUCUCCUGAUAUUCUUCCAUCCAGAGGUUAUAGAAAAGCUACAACACUGAAUGGCCUGUCACCUGCUGAGAUAAUUUCUCAGAAAAGAUCAACUGUGGAUACAACUGAGGAAGAACUUGCCAUAUCUGGCUCUCUGCAAACUGCAUCAAAGAAAAAAAGAUCAAAGUCUCGAAAGAAGGGGACAUCAGCUAAAGAAAAUGAAAUAGAGGUGACUAUCAAUGCUGCUUUACGCAAACGUGAGAAAGCAGAGAAGGUAGGUCGUACCUGCAACGCACCUCAGGAACCAAAGCUUCAUACAGUUAAUGGGGUCAAGUCAUUUAAGUUGAAGCCUUUGUACCCUCCUACUGGGAAAUCUGUUUUGGUGGUGGAGUCCCUCACUAAAGCAAAGAUUAUUCAGCAGUAUCUUGGUGACAUGUAUGAAGUUAUACCGAGUUAUGGCCACGUAAGGGACUUGGCUGCCAAGUCAAGAUCUGUACGUCCUGAUGAUGACUUCAGUAUGGUAUGGGAAGUUCCAUCCUCUGCCUGGCCACAUCUUGAGAGGAUGAAGCUUGCAAUUAGUGGAGCAGAUAAUCUUAUUUUUGCAUUAGAUCCUGAUCGAGAAGGAGAAGCCAUUUCUUGGCACAUAAUUGAGAUGUUGCAGAAACAGAAGGCUUUGCGUGAAGAUAUAACUAUUUCCAGGGUUGUUUUUCAUGAAAUUACGGAAUCAUCCAUAAAAAAUGCUCUUCAGACUCCAAGAGAUAUUGAUGUUAACUUGGUCCAUGCUUAUCUUGCUCAUCGUGCAUUUGAUUAUUUGAUUGGCUUCAACAUUUCCCCUUUGCUAUGGAAAAAGCUACCUGGCUGUCAAUCUGUUGGGCGAUUACAAUCAGUUGCUCUUUCUCUUUUAUGUGACAGGGAAUUAGAAAUCGAGGAAUUCAAACCACAGAAGUAUUGGACUGUAGAGGCCACAUUUAGUUCAAAUGUAGCAUCAUCACCAAACAAAUCUUCUCUUCGGUCAUACUUGACUCAUUUUGGUUCAAAAAAACUAAAUCAGUUUUCUAUUGGCUCAGCCACUGAGGCAAAGGGUAUCGAGCAGAUAGUGAUUUCGUCUAAUUUUGAGGUCACUGCUGCUAAGAAAACCAAAGUGAACAUUAAGCCUCCUACUCCUUUUAUAACAUCAACACUUCUGCAAGAUGCAGCAAAUAAGUUGAAAUUUUCUGCUUCCUAUACAAUGAAGUUGGCACAGAAACUGUAUGAGGGAAUCGAGUUAACAGGUGGCAAGGUCGCUGGAUUGAUAACCUACAUGAAGACUGAGGGUCUACACAUGUCUGAUGAAGCUGUGAAGGAAAUUCGUUCUUUGGUCCAAGAGCGUUAUGGUUUUAAAUUUGCGGCACAUAGCCCUCAAAAGUUUUUUAAAAAGGUAAAGAAUGCCCAAGAGGCACAUGAAGCCAUUAGACCUACAGAUAUACGGAUGUUUCCAUCAAUGCUUAUCAAGGAUCUUGAUGAAGAUUCUCUAAAACUGUAUACUUUGAUUUGGGCCCGUGCAAUGGCCUGCCAAAUGGAAGCUGCACAAGUUGAUCGGAUGCAGCUUGAUAUUGGAAAUGAUACUGGCUCCAUUUUCUUUCAAGCUGAUUGUACUGCAGUCGACUUUCCUGGGUACAGAUCAGUAUAUGAAUAUAUAAAAACUCGGGCCAUUCAAGACAGUGAUAAUGAACCUACUGAUCAUGAAGAACUUUACGAGAUCCUUAGUAAUCUAAAACAGAGAGAUCCUUUGUGUCUUGAAAAUGUGGAAAUAAGACAACAUUAUACACAGCCUCCUCCUCGCUACUCAGAGGCAUCAUUGGUGAAGAAGAUGGAGGAGCUCGGGAUCGGAAGGCCUUCAACGUAUGCAACUACACUCAGAGUUUUACAAGACAGGAAAUACGUAACAGCAAAAAACCUAGUGCUAUACCCUGAAUUCCGUGGUCGUAUGGUCUCAGCGUUUCUCUCUCACUAUUUCAAGGAGGUCUCAGACUGUAGUUUUGCUUCUGUCUUGGAAACUGAGCUUGACAAUGUUUCUACUGGAUCAACGGAAUGGAAAAGGCUCCUCAAGGACUAUUGGGUUAGGUUCAGUGCUAACUGUGAUCGUGCCAGCAAAGCUCAUGUCCAACAAGUGGAGAAGAUGAUAGAGAGAACUUAUGCAAAUUUCCUCUUUUCCUCGCUUACUGAAGAGAGCCGAGCAUGCCCCAAUUGUUUGGAGGGUACUCUAAUCUUCAAGGUGAGCCGUUAUGGUGCAGGGUUUUUCAUAGGCUGUGAUCGACACCCCAAUUGCAAGUUUAUAGCUAAAACAUUGUAUGGGGAAGAGGAUGAAGAGGAAAUUUCUCAAAAUGACACUUUACUUGAAGAACCAAAGUUGCUGGGUACACAUCCCGAGUCCGGUAAGAAGGUUCUUUUGAAGCGCGGUCCUUAUGGAUCUUAUGUGCAGCUUGGUGAAGAUAGGAAAGGAUAUUUACCUAAACGGUCAUCAAUUUUUCAGAUCAAGGAUGUUGAGACAAUUACGCUGGAAGAUGCUAUUGAUUUGCUUCGCUACCCUAUCAAAGUGGGAACCCAUCCUGUGGAUGGUCAGCCAAUAGUUAUAAAGAUAUCAAAAGCGGGGUUUACUGUUUGGCAUCGAUGUGACAUUGCUCCUGUGCCAAAGAACUUAUCUCCGAAUGAUAUUGAUAUGAAUAAAGCACUGAAGUUGCUCUCUGGUAAAAAAGUUCGUAGAAUUGGCCGACCAAAGGGUAAAAAGCGUGAAGAAGAGGCUGUUGAUGACUCUUAAAGUGUUGCCUUUUGCAAGAUGCUAUAUCAUCUUUUGUGGGCUACACAGAUUACGUGUAAUAGUUGGUGAAUAAGUGGUAGGUAGUUCCGGUUCUUUUGAUCAUCUAUAGUCGCUCAUCAUUUUUGUUUCCUUGGCUUGUAUGCUACUAGCACUGACACGUGAUUCACUAAUUUCCUUGUGAAUUGCAAAUUAGAAAAAGCGAAUUAUAGUUGGUUUGGGUAGGUUAUUUUGAGCGAAUUGCGAAUUCAAAACCGAAUUAACUGGUGAAUUAUGUUACACCGGCUGUGAGUAAUAGUUAUUGCCUAUAGAGGAAGUAGGCAUAUUUUCAGGGUUAUAUUUGAAUUCGGAAAGCAAAAGUACAAGGCUUGGCUCUUAGCUUUGAUUUGUUCUCAAGGUGAUUAUUUCAUCAAAUAAUCAAAGAUUAUUGCUCCAUUUUCUGAUAAUUUUUGGUUUUGUGGACAAUCAGCAAGCUAAGGGCGUUCUUGAAUGCCUUUGCCAUGGCUGCAACCAAGAGUUCAAAGUUGAAGUCGGGAAUCACAUUUGAAGAAGGCAUAUUUACGAAGCUCUCCCUAUGUAGUUGGCGCCCCAAACUUGGCCCUUCGGAGUGUCGCUGCUGCUUACAUUAACAUACAGACCAUAUGACUCGAGUUUACAUGAAUCGAAGUACUUGUGCUGUUGAUGUAUAAAAUCUGUAAAUUAGUAGUAAUAAAGUUAUUGAAAGUAAAUUUUAUACUUUGUUGAAUUUCGUCAGAGCUAAGAGUUAUCAACUCA